AUGUCCAGUGAGACGAUCGUGUCGUUCGCCGAGAAUUUGCUGAAGCUGGAGGGGAUGGUGGAGACGCUGGUCCUGGAGGGUCUCGGCGUCUGGGGAAAGAGCGUCCGCGGCCACUUCGGCUUGCUGGCCCACAUCAUUCGGCUGGCCCACUACGACGCGCCGCUGGACACGGAGACCGGCAUGUCCAUGCUCCAGCACUACGACGACACCAUGGUCAGCAUGGUCGUGCAGCGCGAGGUGGAAGGCCUGGAGGUGCACGUCGCCGUACCUCCCGGCGCCUUCGCCAUCAUGGCCGGCGAGCAGCUCAGGUUGUUGUGUAUCCGUCGUGCGGUCGCCACGAACGGGCCAGUGCCGGCGUGCCUCCACCGCGUGCGGACGUCGAGCAGCAACCGCGAGCGGUUCUCGGUGCUGUUCGCCAGCCGGCAGAAGGAUGGCGUCGCGGUGAGCGCGCUGGAGGACCUCGUCGACGCGGAGCACCCCUUGCUGUUCAACCCCUUGAGGCACGACAAGUACACCAAGUGGUGUUACUCGGACGAAGGGAUGAAAUUGGAGGAUCCACUCAAGAUGUUCUACGGUGUGGAGAAAGUUGGAGCUAUGAUCUGA